AUGAAUACGACUUCAAAGGAAGACGUCUUAUUGUCUGUCAUUCCCUUGUCCUGCCUACAGGACGAGCCAAUUCAUAUCAAAGUUUCAGGCUUAAAGCCAAACCAGGAUGUCACUCUUAAAGCCUCUAUGAUUGAAGACAGGGGUGUCCCCUACAUGUCUUAUGCACAUUACAGGGCUGAUGAAAAUGGCGCAGUUGAUGUCGACAAAAUGGAGUCUCUAGGGGGCCAAUAUGAGGGCAUUUUUCCGAUGGGCCUCAUUGGAAGUCUUGUCCCAGCUCCACCCCACUACAGAUACGUUCGUUUUAUCAAAAGAGUUGUAGAAAAGCCUCUUGCAGUAACUAUUAGCGUCCAUAAUGGACACCUUAGCGCUGAAAAGUUGUGUUCAUCAGAAGUAACAGAACCUCAUUCAUGCGUAGCUCACGAAAGGCAUUAUAUGGCGUCUGGAGUUCAGCGCAUUCCAGUUCAAUACGGAGAGGUCAGGGGGACUCUGUUUUUACCUCCCGAUUUAUAUUUGAUUUCUUUUGCAGGUGAUGGCCCAUUCCCAGCAGUAAUAGAUAUGUUUGGCACUUUAGGAGGCCUCAUUGAAUACAGGUCAGCUCAACUGGCCUCUCGUGGGAUUGCGUCAUUUGCUCUUGCUAUCUUCAAUUAUGAUGAUCUUCCUAAAGUUAUAAAAGAAUUUAAUAUCGCAUACUUUGAAGAAGCCGUUCAAUUUCUCCUACAACACGAGAAGGUGCUUGACUUUGGUAUAGGUGUUAUUGGCAAUAGCAAAGCAGGCGACUUGGCUGUGUCACUGGCUACGUUUAUCCCAUCUGUCGCUGCCUGUGUCGCUGUCAAUAACUUUAUUGCACCAGCCAGUUAUGGCAUGAGAGUUAAAGACCGUUUUUAUCCACCAUUCCACUAUGACGUAUCUCUUGGAAGAUUUACUGAUGAUGGAUAUGAGUGUGUUCAGUCUUGUAUCCCUGAGAAAAAGUUUUUGCAGAAGCUUAUGCUUCCUCUGGAGGAGAGUUCGACAGCAUUUCUCUUCAUCGUCUCUGCAGUUGACAGGGAUGUCAAUUCUGAAGUUCAAGCCCAAUCUGCCCGACAGCGUUUGUCUUCUCAUAAUUACAAACAAGACUAUAAAGUGGAGUCAUACCCAGGAGCAGGGCAUUUGUUCGAUCCGCCAUAUUCUCCACACUGCUUCGCCUCUUUCGAGCAUGGUAUUAUGUCAUCCGUCUGUUGGGGUGGCACUGCCAAAUUCCAAACAAUGGCUCAGGUAAAAGCUUGGAAAGAAAUACAGAGAUUUUUCUUGUUUCAUCUGAAGGAGAAAUGGCAAUUUAGUAGUGAUACAAAAUCGCCUACAAUGCCUUGGAAGAGUCAACUUUGA